AAUUCGCGGUGAAAUUACGGAGUACGCUCAAAGCAUCAGUGGGCGAGGAACAAUGAGCGCCAACGACGUCGCUUACCUGGAAGGUAUGUAUGGGAUGAUCUUCACUUAUCCCUCGCUAACUACGACGGAAAGAGAUGAGCAAGCGAACACCUAUGUUCGUAUGCAGAGCCUACACACUGGUCGGCUCAGGAUGCACAAACGGCCUGACGACUCCCUCUCUGUAUAUGCCUAGCGCGAGUUUCAUUCCAGACCGUAAGCACAGGCUUGAUGAUAUCGAUGUGAGACAGAUGCACAAAUCAAUCUACAGCAUCCCUCUGGAGGUGGCCCGACCCAUGGUCGGCGGUCACUUGCGCUGGGAUGAUCGGAUCCAGGACGAGUUCCUUUCGCAUACGUCCUCUUUCCUUUUUGGGAUCGUCCAUCUCCUACUACGACAUCUCGAAGGCCAGAAAGACGGGUACUUGUCGGCUAUCAACAGAACCCGAGCAUUCCGUAAAUUAGGCUGGUACAAAGUGCAGCCUGAGAAUGCGAAUGAUCCUGGUCCAGUUAUAUUCCACCAUGCUCCAAGAUACUGCGAUACGAUUCGUCUCUUCACCCACGACUGGUCUGGUCAGCUAGCGAUCUCUAGCCUCCACUACCGUAAAUUCACCCAUGAGUACAUCACUCAUGGUCUCUUCGGUUAUCCGGAAGAUGAUGAACUCCAGCCCGUCUCUUUGGAAACCCUCGUGUCCUUAGGAUUGCUUGAUCUCGUUCCAGCCCUCAAGAUUCAAUGCAUCGAAAGACCGUCUGGUCUGUACACGACCCUUCGCGCAUUCCGAAUUGAGAACUACGAGGGGAAAGACCAUGUCAAGGUCACUGAUGCUGAGCUGGCGAUCGCAGAGAAGCUGGCAUGGGCGCAUAUGCGCUCGGAGGUUGUGACAAAAGAAGAAAAGAAACGACCGCAUUUGUGGAUGCUUCUACAAUAUCUCACUCUCCGUAAAAGAGUGGCGGGAGACGAACUUCUGCGGAACAGAAUUCGCGAACUCGGCUAUACGCGUAAGUCGCCGGACUGAUCUGAUCCAAGAGCUCUAUGCUGACCUAAUACACAGGCAAUGAGUUAGACGAAGGCUUGCAUGAUGGCUUUGAGACCAUACCCUCGAACUUGCCCGAACUACAUUC